GUCAAGAGAAACAUAAAAAGGUAAAUAAAAGCAAGCAAUCAGAAUGCAUUUUACAAAAAUAAAGUUUUUACAUUAUAAUGGAGGAAGAUGAAAUAAAUAACAUCAGAGGUAAUAGAAGAAACCAAAGAAGACAGGGGUCUGGGAGUCACAUUUUAUUUUGGUGAUCUUUAAGAAGAAAGGAAAAAGAGGAAAGGAUUAUGUUAGUGAGAAGGAAAAGGAGGAGGAAGGAUAGGGAGAAGAGGAAAUGUUUGAACCUCAUUUUAAUCUGUAAUGGUCAAAGUAGGAAAGAAUACACACACAAAGUUGGUUGCAGAAAUGUAUUUCACUCAACAGGGAAACAAGGAAGGGAGAGGAGAAGGAAGAAGGCAGGGAAUAAAAAGGGAGUUCGAUUUUGUUAUAGAUUAUUCAUAAUCAAAAUAUCCUAACCUCAGAGAGUGAAUUACAAGAAGGGUUAUGAGGAAAAAAGAAAAGGUAAGAAUAUAUAAUUGGACUCUGGGAGAACGAAAGAGAAGAGAAUUGGACUGCACAGAGUAUUACUGGCUGUGAGUAUAUUUCUUUGUAAAGAGGAAAUAGAAAAAAAAAGUGACAAAGAAGAUUAAUUUCAGUGCUUCAUAUGUAAAUUUCUAGUGGUAUUAUAUCAAUAUUUACAAGGAGAAAUGGAAUACAAAACUGUGAUAGUUGGAUGUCUCAGUGUUUCCCUUUCAGAACUAGACAAAUCUUAAACCCCCCAAAUAAACAGAAAGAACUUGAGCUGAAUAGAAUUUUAGAAAAGUGUAUGCUGGACCUCUGAUUGAGGUUGAAUUGAAUAGAAAGGAAUAUAAAUGUUUCUUAUACCACCUUUAUAAAGAUUGACUAUAUGUCAGCACAAACAUCUCAGAAACUGAUCCAGCAAAGCAAAAAUAUUAGACAUAUAUUUUAUUGAUUGAAGUGUAAUAAAAGUUUUAUUCGAUACAUUGCUACUACAGAAAAGAUUAAAAAUCAAUAAAGACUAAGUAGCUUAAUACCAAAAAAUUAGUGGUUCAAAGAACAAAUCAUAAAAACAACAGAUACUUUCAUUAAAGACAGUGACAAUAAGAAUAUACUAAAGUUUAAUUUUUAAGAAUUUUCAUCAACAGAAAAAAUAGAACAACAAAAUGGGCAUGUAACUAAAAAAGCUAAAAAAGCAAUAAAUUAAGAUUAAACAAUGAAUUAGAGAUGUUAAAAAGCACAAAGAUUAAUAAAAUUGAAAACAAACAACUCACUGAAUUAAUAAUAGAAACUUAAAAGUUUUUUUCUUAACAAGAAUGCAGUUUGCUGAUACAUUCAAGGAAAAAAAGAAUUCACAACAAAUGAAACAAAGGAAAUUAUUAGAAAGCAUUUUGCCCAAAUAUAUACCAAGUAAAAAUGACAAAUGAAUGAAAUAGAUGGAUAUUUACAAAUAUAUUCAAGAGAUCCAGAUCAAGAGAACAGGACAUAGAGAAUUUAAAAUUUAAAUUAAAAAAAUUAAAUCUGAGAAAAAGAAAUUGUAUAAAGGAGCUCCCAAAAGGGAGGAUGAUGGGAAAUCAUUUAGGACAAGAUAUAGUUACAAAAUAAUUACAUCAAAUAUUAAAAGUACAAUGGAUUCCAAUAUUACUUUAACUGAAAAAAUAGUAAAAGAAGAGAGAUUACCUAGUGGCUUUUGUGAUAUAAAUAUGGUCUGGAAAUUACUGAGACAAGAGGGAGUAAAAAAAAUAAAAUGGGGAAAGAAAAAUAGAGGUCAAUAUCCAUUGACAGAUUUUAAAGAAAAUGUUAGCAAGAAGACUACAACAAUAUAUCAUGAAGAUCAUACUCUUUGACCAGGUCGACCUUAUAUCAGAAAUUCAGGAUUAGUUUAAUAUUAGGAAAACUGUCAAAAUAGCAGACAAUAUUAAUGAUAAAACAACAAAAAUGCCAAUAAAUGUAGAGGCAAUAAGGGAGCAUCUGGGAUCUCAUUGAGCAGAAGGAUCAGAAAUACUCUUUAGAAAAAUUGUUUAGGCAACUGAAUAGAGAGGAUGGAUUGAUGUAGAGGAGAAGUGACAGAGUAAUUACUCAAAGGACUUUUAUAAUAAUCUAGAUAAGAGCCUGAAAUAGGGCUUUGACUACAUAAGGAAGAGAAGGGGACAUGUAAGAAAAGUAUGAUAAAGGUAAAGAUGCCAUGAUUUGGCAAGAGGGCAGGGUUUGGGGGAAAAGAUAAUGAAUUGGGUGAGUUGAGGAACACAGGAGAUACAAGUCCCCUCUCGAGUCCUCAAUCUUUUGUCCUGAAAGUGGCGAGGAGGACUGCCUCAGAAUAGGUAAGAUGAAGAAGCUUGAGAGCUUUUUCUGAGACUGGGGUGCCAUGCUUGUCAUGUAGAAGAUCACGAGGAGCUAAAUAUCGAGAUCGCCCACAAAAAACAUCAAGUUGUUAGUAAUGCUUCUGGAUCUGGGCCCUACUGAAGCUAGAAGAAGGCAUUAAUUCCUGAUUGCUGGGGAGGGUUGAAAGGACCUUAUAGGAGACCCAUAGGCUUGUGUCCUCCUUCCAGAAAGUUUCCCUAAUCCAGGCUCUUUUUCACAUAUCUUCCCUUUUUUUCAUGCUUUUUCCUGAGAUUAUUUUAAGUCUCAUAACCAAAUAGGGAUGUCAUCCUAAUCUAUUUUGCUGAAAACCUCACAUUCCAUUCUUCUGGUUUAAAGGUGUCAAACUGUGGACCGCAAAUUAGCUGCAGUUUGAAUGAAUCUUCUGCCCAACUUAGAUUAAAAUGUAAUUGGGAAACAUUCGACAAAAUUCAUUAAAUUACAACAGAUGUUAUUUUUAUGUUUUCUAUUUCACUUUGAGUUUGACACCGUUUAUGUUCAUAUAUGUGUAACUUUUUUCUUUUUGUCUUCUAUAUUAACACAUAUGUUUUCAUCUAUCCCUUUUCCACCUCUUUAUUACAUCAGUGGUUCUCAAACUUUUAUUCUCAGUCUCUUUAUACUAUUAAAACUUACUGAGAAUCUGUCCAAAGAGUUUUCGUUUGUGUGGGUUAUAUUUAUAGAUAUAUACCAUAUUUAAAAUAAAAACUAAUUCUGAAUUUGCAGACCCUCUGAAAGGGUUUCCUCCUCCUACCCCAGAAUUCUUUGGACCACACUUUGAGAACUACUGCUUCAGAUGGUUCCUCUUCUGCUUCCCUUGUCUCUGCGACUAUUAUUGCACACCACAUGUUCCCUGUUCUCUUUCCACAGUGUGAGGAUAUAUUUAAGGAUGCUCAACAUUAUGUUCGAUCUGUCUUUGAGCACCACUUUAAUUGUAUUGUCCCAUCUUAAUUUUUUCUUUUUCCGAACUCAGAGAAUGAGGGAAUUCACCAUUUUUCUUAAUCUCUUUCAGACUUGGAAGCUAUGACUGAGACUACAGAUGCAACCCCAAAAGAGAACUUUCCAAGAGAACAGUCAUUCCAAGGGUUAAAAGUAGAAAAACUCAGAGGGGGCAAACAGUGCCACCCCACUUUGGGGAAUUGUAGGGAAAGUGAGAGUCAUAAAAAGAGUCAGCGGGCAAAACAGGAGAGUGAUGGGAGAAAAAUUGUUAAACGUCAGAAGAUUCAUUCUGGAGACAAAAAUUAUAAAUGUCAUGAAUGUGGGCAAGGAUUUACUCAUAAUUCCAGCCUCAUUGUACAUCAAAGAAUUCAUACUGGAGAGAAGCCUUAUAAGUGCAGUGAAUGUGGAAAAGCAUUUACUCGCAACUCAAUCCUUACAGUACAUCAAAGGAUUCAUACUGGAGAGAAGCCUUAUAAAUGUAAUGAAUGUGGGAAAGCUUUCAUUCAGAGCUCAAACCUUAUUGUACAUCGGAGGAUUCAUACUGGAGAGAAGCCUUAUAAAUGUAAUGAUUGUGGGAAGUCCUUCAUUCAGAGCUCAGACCUUAUUGUACACCAGAAUGUUAAUACUGAGGAAAAGCCUUAUAAGUGCAAUGAAUGUGGAAAAUCCUUCAUUCUGAGUUCAACCCUUAUUGUUCAUCAGAGGAUUCAUACUGGAGAAAAACCUUUUACAUGUAAUGAAUGCGGGAAAACAUUCAUUCAGCGAUCAGACCUUGUUAAGCACCAGAGGAUUCAUACUGGAGAAAAGCCUUAUAAAUGCAACGAAUGUGGGAAAGCCUUUAUCGAAAGUUCUACCCUUAUUGUACAUCAGAGAAUUCACACCGGAGAGAAGCCUUAUACAUGUAAUGAAUGUGGGAAAACAUUUACUCGAAACUCCUACCUGCAUCAGCAUCAGAGAAUACAUACUGGAGAGAAGCCUUUUAAAUGUAGUGAUUGUGGGAAAUCCUUCACUCGAAAUUCAAGCCUUAUUCUACACCAGAAAGUUCAUAUUGGAGAACAUUCAGAUGUGGAGACUAGCAAUGCAACCACAGAGGUGACUCCAAAUGAGAAUAUUCCAGAAGAACAGUCAUCCCAGGUUAUGAAAAUAAAAAGUCUCAGAGAGGGCAGUCUUUGCUACUCCAUAUUUUCAGAUUUGGGGAAACACGACAGCCAGAAAAGGAGGCAACAGGGAAAUGAUUUGAGAGAAAUGACUAAACAGCAUAAGAUUCAUCCUAGAGAGAAAUGUUAUAAAUGUAAGGAAUGUGGAAAAGCUUUCAGACAAUGCUCACACCUUACUGAACAUGAGAAGAUUCAUUCUGGAGAGAAGCCUUACAAAUGUCACGAAUGUGGGAAAGCCUUCACUCACAACUCAAGCAUUAUCCGACAUCAGAGGAUCCAUACGGGAGAGAAACCUUAUGAAUGUAAUGUCUGUGGGAAAGCCUUCAUUCAGAAAUCUGAUCUUAAUGUCCAUCAGAUGAUUCACACUGAAGAAAAGCCUUUCAAAUGUAAUGAAUGUGGGAAAGCAUUCAGUAAAUCCUCAUACUUUAUUCAACAUCAGCUAAUCCAUACUGGGGAGAAACUUUAUAAAUGUCAUGAAUGUGGGAAAGAAUUCACUCAGAAUUCUGGCCUCAUUCAACAUCAGAAGAGUCAUACCAGAGAGAAGCCUUACAAGUGUAAUGAAUGUGGGAAAGCCUUCUCCAAUACCUCACGCGUUAUUCAGCAUCAAAGAAUUCACACCAGAGAGAAGCCUUAUAAAUGCAAAGCCUGUGGGAAGGCCUUUACUCAGAAUUCGACCCUCACUCAACACCAGAAGAUUCACAAUGGAGAGAAACCUUAUCUAUGUAGUCAUUGUGGCAAAGCUUUCACUCAUAUAUCUGGCCUCCUUCAACAUCAGAGGAUGCACACUGGGGAGAAAUGUUACAAGUGUAAUGAAUGUGGGAAGGCGUUCUUCAAGACCUCCCAUGUGACUCAGCAUCAGAGGAUUCACACUGGAGAGAAGCCUUAUCAGUGCCAGGAGUGUGGGAAAGCCUUCAUUCAAAACGGGAGCCUCAUCCGGCAUCAGAGGAUUCACACCGGAGAAAAGCCUUAUAAGUGUCAUGAAUGUGGGAAAGUUUUCUCUAAUUCUUCCCAUGUGAUUCAACACCGGAGGAUUCAUACUGGAGAGAAGCCUUAUAAAUGUAAGGAGUGUGGGAACGCAUUCACUCAGAAAGGUAGUCUCGUUCGACACCAGAAGGUUCAUGCUGGAGAGAAGCCUUAGGACAAAGGUGACUCGUUGACAGGUUAAUGUAGGAUGGGAACAUUUGUACCGGCCAGUAGCCUUCCAGAUGCCAAUAACGUGGGGAAACAUUGCCUCCAAGAUCAAGCCUUAGUCUACUCGAGAGUAUUCAUACUGGAGAGAAGUCGUGGCAAAAGCUACAUUGCAGCUCAUUAUUUAUUGAACAUUAGAUGAUUUGUGAUGGAGAGAAGUCAUAUAAUGUGGGAAAAGCUUCAAUUGUUGCACAUAAUUUAUUGAAAUCCGGCGAUUCCUGCUAUAGAAAAGUCUUACAAAUGUAAUGAAUCUUCAAUUGCAACACGUGACUUUUUGAAUUUCUGAUGAUUCAUAUCAAGAAAGAAGUUUUUAUCAAUAAAAGGAACGUUGGAAAGUCAUCAGUCAUUGUCCAGUCCUUGUUAAGCACUGGGAAAUUCUUACUGCAAAGAAGCCUGUUAGAUGUAUCAAAAGCCUUCUAUUACAAGUUGAUUCUACUUAGCUAUUAGGGGAUUCCUGUUGUAGAGUAGCCUCAAAGUUAAAUAAAUGUAGGAAGGCAUGUAGUAAAUCCUCACACUUUAUUCAAUACCAACUAGCUGAUUAAUCCUGAAAAGAAUUCUUAAAUAUGUGGAACAGCCUUCUGUGGUAGCGUGUAGCUAAUAGAACAUCCCCAGAUUCAAUAUUGUGGAGAAUUACAGAUGUAACAAUCAGAAAGUUUUCUCAGACUAUACAAAUCUUACUUACAAUCAGAGGAAUAGGGCAAAAAGCCCCACUAUGUCUAAUUUAGGUCACGGGAGCAAAGAAUUAGAGCUAGAAGGGACCUUGGAGGCCACCAAGCCCACUCCCUUCAUUUCAACAAGGAGAAAAUUGUAGUUGUUAGAGGUUGUGUCUUUUGCAGUGUUACUCGGCUUGUAAAUGUAUGAGGUGUGAUUUGAAUGCAGGUCUCAUUUUGAGUCCAGCACUCUAUCCAGUGCACUCCCUAGCUACUCCAGGCAUCUACGUUUGCAUUAAAUGUAUUUCUCUGAGCAACAUGAUUGUGUUGCUUUUUGUUACUUAAGCCAUUUUGUAAUGUCUUUACAUUUAAUGCUAGAAUGCAAACUAUUCAUGUUUAUUGAUUUAAUUAAUAAAUUUUAUUCGACUUCUGAUA